AUGUCAACCCUUCUUCCGACAAAUAGAAACCAAUUCAAUUUCUCCCUGAAAUCUCAGUCACAAACCGAAACUCUGCUAGAAAGAUGUUCAGGCAUGGAGGAACUAAAGAAAAUUCAUGCUCAUAUGUUUAAAACUGGUCUUAUUUACGACACCAACCUAACAAGCAAGCUAUUAACCUUCUCUGCCAUGUCGGAUUACGGGGACUUGGGUUAUGCCCGGCGUGUUUUUGGCAGAAUUCAUUUACCCAAUACCUUCGUAUGGAACAUAAUGAUUAGAGGCUACUCAAGAAUAAGAGACAUUGAAGAAACUUUAUUCAUGUACGAACAAAUGCUUCAUACUUCAGUUCAACACAAUUCUUAUACCUUCCCUUUCUUACUCAAGGCCUUCCAGGAUCCUUCGGCUUUACCCGUAAUACUACAAAUUCAUGCUCACAUUGUGAAGACUGGCUUCAGCUCCGAUGUAUAUUCUGUCAAUUCGUUGCUUCAUGUUUAUGCCAAAUUAGGAAACCUGGUAUCUGCACAUCAAGUUUUCGAAAAGAUCCAAGAACCAGAUAUAGUUUCAUGGAACACUAUGAUCGAUGGGUGUGUUAAGAGUGGUGAGAUUCGAACCGCUUGCGAGUUGUUUGAUAAGAUGCCAGAAAAGAAUAUCGUAUCCUGGACAUCUAUGAUUGCUGGUUGGAUAGCCAAUGGCAAAUUCUUGGAAGCUUUGAAACUCUUUCAUGAAAUGCAGAUAUCCGGUAUCAAACCAGACAACUUAGCACUGACCAGUGCUCUCUCAGCUUGUGCGUACCUAGGAGCAUUAAAGCAAGGAAGAUGGGUUCACACCUACAUUGAUAAAAACCAAAUUCAAAUCGAUUCAGCUCUUGAGUGCAGCCUUGUGGAUAUGUAUGCCAAGUGUGGAGAUUUAGAAGGAGCUCUGAGAGUCUUUAGAAGUCCAGGAAAAAAAAGUGUUUCUGUAUGGACAGCUAUGAUUACCGGCUUAGCAAUUCAUGGGAGGGGAAGAGAAGCUAUUGAUAUAUUCACAAAAAUGCAGAAUUCAGGAAUCAAGCCCAAUUCCGUUACUUUCACUGGUGUUUUGACUGCGUGUAGUUAUGCAGGAUUGGUUGAAAAGGGAACACUAAUUUUUCAGAGUAUGGAAACAACGUACCAUAUAAACCAAUCGAUAGAACACUAUGGAUGCAUGGUGGAUCUUCUAGGUCGAGCUGGGCGGCUUAAGGAAGCAGAAGAGUUGAUAGAGAAAAUGCCCAUGAACCCCAACGCCGCCAUUUGGGGGGCGCUGCUGAGUGCCUGCUGUACUCAUGGUGACCAUGAGCUGGGCAAGCGAGUUGGGAAGACCCUGAUAGAAAUGGAUAGUGAUCAUGGUGGGCGAUAUGUUCACUUAGCCAGGAUAUUUACUGCAAUGGGUCAGUUGGAUCAAGCUCUCAAAAUGAGAAAGCUGAUGAAAGAUAAGGGAGUUUCAAAACUUCCUGGUUGCAGUUUAAUCGAGUUGAAUGGUAUUGUACAUGAAUUUUUUGCAGGGGAUCAGUUGCACCCGGGUCAUAAAGAACUUACGAGCGUGUGAUGAUUGUCACAACACAUGUAAACCUUAUCUCUUAAGGCUCGUGAGAUCCUUGAGAGAAAUCGAUUCCAUUUUUUUACAAAUGGAAUAUAGUUCAUGUGAUUAAUGCUGGAUACAUAAACACUAACAAAAGGUUGCUACUGCUUGCGA